AUGAGAACCCCAUUGCUGUUGUUGCUGCUUACUUUUACUGCAAUUCAGUAUGUCACCCACGCAACCGAGUACAAUGAGGAGGACCUAAAAGUGUCGCCGGAGAGCGUCCGUUUCGACACCGGAGGGCUAAGCCGUGGUAGCUUUCCGAAAGGAUUUUCCUUUGGAACGGCCACUUCUGCUUACCAAGUUGAAGGCAUGGCUGACAAGGACGGCCGAGGACCCAGCAUUUGGGACGCCUUCAUUAAAGCACCUGGACGUGAACCCAACAAUGCCACGGGAGAGGUGUCGGUGGACCAGUAUCACCGGUAUAAGGAGGAUAUUGAUCUCAUGGCAAAGCUGAAUUUUGAUGCCUACCGGUUCUCGAUCUCAUGGUCUAGGAUAUUCCCAAAUGGAACUGGAAAAGUAAAUUGGAAGGGGGUUGCUUACUAUAACAGGUUGAUCAACUACAUGCUCAAAAGAGGCAUUAUCCCCUAUGCUAAUCUCAAUCACUACGAUCUUCCUCUAGCACUUCAGCAGAGGUACAAUGGAUGGUUAGACCAUGAAGUAGUGAAAGAUUUUGCUGAUUAUGCUGAAUUUUGUUUCAAGACAUUUGGAGACAGAGUGAAGAAUUGGAUGACUUUUAAUGAACCUAGGGUGGUAGCUGCUCUUGGUUAUGAUAAUGGUUUCUUUGCCCCCGGAAGGUGCUCUAAAGCGUAUGGAAACUGCACAGCUGGAAAUUCUGCGACAGAGCCUUACAUUGUGGCACAUAAUCUGAUUCUAUGUCAUGCAGCUGCAGUUCAACGAUACAAAGGAAAGUACCAAGAAAAGCAGAAAGGAAGAAUUGGCAUUCUUUUGGAUUUUGUUUGGUAUGAACCUCUUACAAGAUCAAAGGCUGACAAUUAUGCAGCUCAAAGAGCACGAGACUUUCAUGUUGGAUGGUUUCUGCAUCCCCUUGUUUAUGGUGAGUACCCAAGAACAAUGCAAGACAUUGUAGGAGAUCGGCUACCAAAGUUCACAACAGAAGAGGUCAAGAUGGUAAAGGGCUCCUUUGAUUAUGUGGGUAUAAACCAGUAUACUGCUUACUACAUGUAUGAUCCACAUCAAGCCAAGCCAAAAGCUCUGGGCUACCAGCAGGAUUGGAAUUGUGGAUUUGCCUAUGAACGUAAAGGCAAGCCGAUUGGCCCAAGGGCAUAUUCUUACUGGCUUUACAAUGUACCAUGGGGUCUGUACAAAGCAGUGACCUACAUAAAAGAACAUUAUGGAAACCCUACCGUGAUUUUGGCUGAAAAUGGAAUGGAUGAUCCAGGUAACAUCACCCUUCCUAAGGGUUUGCAUGACACCACAAGGAUCAACUACUACACGGGCUACCUGGUUGAACUCAAGAAGACAAUCGAUGAGGGUGCCAAUGUGAUCGGCUACUUUGCGUGGUCAUUGCUUGACAACUUCGAAUGGAGAUUAGGCUACACUUCGAGAUUUGGCAUUGUUUAUGUCGAUUUUAAAACCCUUAAGAGGUACCCAAAGAUGUCUGCCUAUUGGUUCAAGAAAUUACUUCUUCGAAGCAAGGAUUGA